UUCAUUUCAAAAGACAGAACUUCAAUCUUCCGAAAUAAUAUUCGAUCCACCAUGGCUGUGAUGCAAAGACAACAAUUAGGAAUACGAGAGAUUGGUGAAUCAGUUACUGUUCCUCAGCAUAACGUAGCGCGGGCUAUGUUUUAUCUGAAAUGCAUAUGUAAUGUCUUGGACCUUAACGAUGAGAACAGUAAUCUCGGUAAAUUCACCGACUUCAGAAACUAUUAUCUGUUGUCAGAGGCCGAUAUCGAUGCUCUCACAAUACUCAUUGUUUCAGUGAAGCCAGCCGAACUUUUGGGUAAAUGUUUGUUUCACGAUGAGGAAAUUUGUGGAAAUUCAAACAACAAAUUCUUCGAGCUUGAAGACGUGAGACAAAAUAUGGUCAUUGUGAAUGACAUUUUAAUUGCCGGUCAACAACGGCGUGUGAAUAGGAUCAUGUUCUUUAAGAUGGCGUGGCUGCAGCUAUAUUGCCUCACUCCCUUGCAAGUGUUGGGUGAACGCCUGGGUAGGCGAGCCGCAGAAAUCGAAGCCAGAAAACGUGCUAUAACAUACCAGGCAGCACCAGCCUAUAGACAACAGCAGAGUACCCAAGCUCGUCCGUCCUGUCACACAACUUCCAGCUGCUGUAUCAUCCUUUAAGCUGUUCUAAAAUAUGAACUGGAACGUUUCAACGAACUUUUCGUCAUAUUCCGUUUGAUAUUCUUAUACCGUCCAUCGACCUUUUUAAUUAUAUUCAAGGAUUUGUCUUCGUUACGAACUUUUCUCUUCUAACGUUUUAUAACGACAUACCACACGACUUUGUGUUUGAUACAAUAUGGUAUUUUUUAAUAGUUAAGGGUGCUUUAGAUACUAAACAAUUUUGUUAGAUAUUUAUCACUAGAGUUAUUAUUAUUCAGAUUCAAUGGCGUGGUUUAAGUGUACAUAUGUAAAUCAAUUUUAAUGUGUGGGGAAAUGUGUUAUAUACGUUACAUACUAGCAAACUGAAAUAUAUCAUUGUUAUACGCUAUUCCUUAUUGCAUUUACAUAUAUCGUGAUUGAAGGACGCGGAUUAAAGUUUGAUAUACAUGUAUGCAUCAUGUGUAUAUGUAUAUAUAAAGAUGUAUUUGAUUUUUACUAAGUAAUUCGAGCUAAUCAAACUACUUGAAUGGGUAUAUAUCUACAUUUUGCAUGUUAAAACAGGAAACCAGUAACCUCAGAGCGGCUGUAAUUUCUCAUGCAGUGACAUACAUUUGAAGGGACAACGUAUAUCAUUUAAAUUUAAAAAGCAUGUUAACGAUAGUGAACUCAGUUAACAUAACGUUGAGGUUAUCAUGAAGAAUAAUUUUGUAGAGCACAGCGUUUCUGUUUAAGAUAUUUGAAAGUUCUCUUCCGAAAUAAAUUUUUGAACCUAUUUUUUCAUGAUUUUAACAUGAAUCGUUUCAUAACACGAUUGGCAUAUAUGAGUAUCAAGUAAUCGACACAUUGAAAUUAUACUGUAUAGAGCAGCAUUGCUGAUAUGUGGGUGUGUAUAGUAAUAAGAGCGCAGCUCUAGGGCGCCGAAGGCGCCCGAGCGAAGCUCUCUAAAUACUGGAAAACGGUACCUCCAACAAGAGUUGCCUCCCUUCCCAUACAUACGAACAAAGAAAAUCGUAUGGUCCAAAAAACCGGUACCGGAAUGGCUCAAAACCGGAUGUAGUAUUCCCAUGGGCAAAACUUUUUAAACAAUAUCAACACCAAAGUCUCACUAUAGUGUUUAAACAUUAGUAAUAUAUGACUUUUGUUCUCAGAUGAAAAAUAAGUAACAAAACAGCGGUAUGUUUUCGCUUUUAUUUUUAUCAUGUCGUCCGUAACCGAUCGGGAAUUUCCGAAUGUCAUCGUCUCCAUUCACGUCUGACCUAGAUACAUUGUACACAACAAGACAUGCGAAUACGUUGGAAUUAAACUCAGUAUAGGGUCCUGGUAAUUAUUUUUGUAUGUGGUUCCAGUCUGAUCUGAUCAAAGGUAGGCAUUUGCCGAUAACACUGUGUUAUGAUCGAUUCUAUUUUAUGAAA